CCUCCAGCUCUCCCCUGCAAUUGGUGCAGAUGCUCCCUCCUUCGGGGGCUGAGGCCGGUGGAGGGUGCCCUGGGGAGGCUGCAGGGGGGCUGUAGCUGCCGGGGAGGCGAUGGGGGAAGCCCGCAGGAGCCGCGGUGGGAAAUGAGGCUGCGUGUCACCCCUGCACACCCCGCCAUCCCUCCUUCCCUCCCUCAUUCCCUCCCUCAUUCCCUCCCGGCUUCCCUCCCGCCCCUCGCGUGUCGCCUCUCGCUGUCGCCCUCCUCUCCCGCAGCGGGGUCCCUUCUCCCUGCCACUGCCAGGCUGGGGAAAGAGCCCGACUCCUCCCGACCGGCCCGGCUGAUGCGGGAGGGAGCAGCCUCACCCCGUCUCCCUGCGGCUGUGGAAGGAGGGCAGCACUUCUUCAGGCUCGGCACCUCGUUCCUGAGUGGCAAGGGGUUCCUGGCAAGACAGGUCAGCUGCCCCUGCCAUGCCUCACUUCUUGGAUUGGUUCGUGCCGGUGUAUCUGAUGAUCUCCAUUCUCAUCCUGGUGGGCUUUGGAGCUUGCAUUUACUACUUUGAGCCAGGACUCCAGGAAGCCCAUAAGUGGCGAACUCAGAGGCCGAUAAUGGAACGAGACCUUCGGAAGACACUGAUGAUUCGGGACAACCUGGCCUUCGGGGUGCCCGAGGUCUGACAUGCUGCCCACCCAGUCCAGAAGAGCCUCUCCUGCAUGGACAGCAGUCUGCAAGCGUCAGCACGGGUGACAGUCCGGUCCUGUGCAAGCUGGGCUGAUAGCAGCUUUGCUCUUUGCUGGUCUGGGUUUUGUACUCACCACUCACCUUUCUGCCCCUUUGUUUCUUAGGCGAGGUUUGUGUGGCACUGUAGGCUCGGGGCUUCCCCCAUGCUCACAGCCCGCACCCAGCCAAGGACUUCUGCUCCUUCCCAUGGCCAAGACUGGUGAAUGACUCAAAUGAAAGGUCCCUUGCUAAUCACAUCUUCUCCCUCCCUGCCAGCCUAGUGUGAUACCCAGUGUGUAUAGGCAGGUCUGGGAGAGCUCUGAACCUGUGGCAGCAGGUUGUCUCAAAAGCCUCUCAUCACCUCUCCUACUACCCCAACUUCCACCCUUUGUAUGCAGUGGGUUCAACAGUGAGUGCCCCAGACAUGCGGGGCCCUGUGUGCCCCACUCCUGAUGUCCCAGGGGAUGUCAGACAGUGCCACCACCACAUCCGCAUGAGUCUGUGCAUCCCAUGCUGUCUCAUGGACCUGCCAGUAGCAGAGCGACCCACAUCCCCAGGGUGCUGUGUCUGUGCUGUAGCCCCUGAUGGCUGCUUUGGGCAGCAGGAGUCCCUCAAGCCAGCUGCCCAAAUCUGCCACAUGUCCUAGAUGGGCUCAUGUCACUCAGUUUCUCCUGUGAACCCAUCAAUGGAAGCUUUCUCCUCUAUUCCCAAAGAAAGGAGGAGGGUGCCCUGGGCUGAUUUGACUGAGUGAUGCUCCAUGGGUAAUUCUCUGGGGAUGAAAGCUAAUUUCUCUCUCUAUGAUUUCUGGCUGAGGAAGGAAUGGGUCAGAACAUCCUCCAAACAUCCUGAGUCUUUCUGGGACAUUUUGUCCCUCAUUCAGUCCAUACAUUCAGCCACAACCCAGAGAUGUGAGUACCCUAACUGGGGAGUCUUGCUCUGCAGGGAGAUGCAG